GAUAAUAAAAACACUGCACCCGCCCCCCGCCAGUUCCUUGUCGUUCGUAGGCCUACAUGAAGAAGAAGAAGAUCCGUCUCUCUAAUUAAGGAAUGGACGAUCCGACGACCCCUUCUCCAUACGAUCUUCUCUUUGAAGGUCUCUGGCUCAUCCCAAUUCGUCACUAUCUCUACGCUCUCAUCCUCAUCUGGACCGUAUUCUUCUACAAUUUCGUGGAGUUCCAUUUCCUUGGUGAUGCGGUUCUUCAGUAUUUCAGAGGUCGAGUGAAUCUCAUCUACAACCCAGAUUCUCCUAUUUACCACGGUGUUGUCUCUCGCUGCCGGACUCUUCACGGCCGGUAUGUGGCGACACCGUGGUUAGCGAGUCCUCAUCUUCAGACUUGUUUCCUUAAUUUCCAUGGAUUGCCUCCCGUUUUCACCUACACAAGAAAGCUCUUUCGUGCUUCUGAUGGUGGAACCAUUGCUCUCGAUUGGCUUACCAACUCCCAUGUUGCUGAUGAGGAUCCUCACAAUCAGAAAGAAAUCAGUAAAGAAGACACAACUCCCAUUGCUGUUGUUAUUCCAGGGCUAACUAGUGAUUCUUCUUCUGCAUAUCUAAAGCACCUUGCCUAUAACACUGCAAAAUCCGGUUGGAAUGUUGUUAUUAGCAACCAUAGAGGACUGGGUGGUAUUUCUGUCACUUCCGAUUGCUUCUAUAAUGCUGGAUGGACAGAGGAUGUACGGGUAGUUCUUGAUCAUCUUCAACACGAGUUCCCUAUGGCUCCUCUCUUUGCUAUUGGAACUAGCAUUGGCGCUAAUAUUCUGGUGAAAUACCUUGGGGAAGAGGGUGAGAAGACUCCUCUGAGGGGCGGUGUUGCUAUUUGCUCUCCAUGGGACCUCUUGAUUGGUGACAGGUUUAUCUCCCGAAAAUUCAAACAAAGGUUGUACGACAGAGCUCUAACCAUCGGACUUCAAGGUUAUGCCCAAUUACAUGAACCUCAGUAUACACGGCUUGCUAAUUGGGAAGGCAUAAAAAAGUCACGUUCCAUCCGAGAUUUUGACAAUCAUGCUACAUGUCAUGUCGGGAAAUUUGAGACUGUGGAUACGUUUUACCGAAAAUCUAGCAGUACCCAAUACGUAGGAAACGUGGCGGUGCCGCUACUCUGUAUCAGUGCUCUAGAUGAUCCCUUAUGCACAAAGGAAGCUAUCCCUUGGGAAGAAUGCCGGGCAAACAAAAACAUUGUCUUGGUGACAACAAAUCACGGGGGACAUCUAGCUUUUUUCGAAGGAUUAACUGCAUCUAGCUUGUGGUGGGUUCGGGCCACCAACGAGUUUCUUGGCGCCCUUAGCUGCAGUCGCUAUAUGCAUACACAGAAAAUUCAAGAGAGUGGAAGCUCAGGAUCAAGAAAGCAGGAGGAACCUUCAAUAAACCAAGGCCCGUACCUGAACAUUGGAGAAGACGGGUUGGUAGCAGCAGUCAACUUGGAGGAAAACACCACACGGUCAAAAGAUGCAACACAAGUAUUGAAACAGAGAGGACCAAAGGUUAAAGAUAAGAGAAGCUUUAACGUGUUGUGCCGCCAGACAAAACGGUCCAUAUGGUUGCUUGGUUACAUAGGCAUGGUAACAGGUUUCCCUUUAGUUGGGAUGCUCAUGAACUACCUCUUUCGUAAGAAGCAACGACCCAUAACAGCCUCCAAGUCCUGAAGAUGCUUUAUUCUCUCCUCCCUCAACAAUUUCAUUUGCAGAUUCUUAAUUUAAUAUAUGUCUUCUGGUUUGUUCGUAAUACGUAUGUUAAUAACAUUAUCCUACACAGUCCUAUAAUCCUAUUCCUCUACGCGUAUGCAGAGGAAAUAAGAGAAUUUAUGUAGAGAACUCCUCCUACCUUUUUGGUAGAACUAUAGAAAUAAGUUAUCCUCUCUAACUA